CUACCAGACAGAACGGAUGUGACGUCAAGGCGACGCCGGAAACGCCGCGCAGAGGGAAAGAAAAAUGGCGAAUCUCGUGGAGGCGAAGACCCAACAACAAUUUGAAGAUUUCCUAGCCAAAGCAGGGAAAUGCCUGACCGUGGUGCAUUUCACGGCGACAUGGGCUCCUCAGUGCGGCCAGAUGAACGACGUGAUGGCCGAGCUGGCCAAGGAACACACGAGCACGACGUUUGUCACGCUAGAGGUGGAAGCGGUGCCGGAGGUGUCGGAGAAGUAUGAAAUCACCUCUGUCCCCACAUUGCUUUUCUUCAAGGGAGGAGAGAAGGUGGACCGCCUGGACGGGGCCAACGCUCCAGAGCUGACCAAGAAGGUACAGCGCCUGGCUGUCACCGGGAGUCCGGCUGGAAGUGCCGGAAGCGGCACCACGGACCUAAACCAGCGGCUGAAGAAGCUGAUCAACGCGGCCCCCUGCAUGCUCUUCAUGAAGGGGUCCGCGCAGGAGCCCCGCUGCGGCUUCAGCAGGCAGAUCGUGGGGCUGCUGAAGGAGCACAAUAUCCAGUUCAGCAGCUUCGACAUCCUGUCUGACGAGGAGGUCCGACAGGGGCUGAAGACCUACUCCAACUGGCCCACAUACCCUCAGCUGUAUGUGAAUGGAGAGCUGGUGGGGGGCCUGGACAUAGUGAAGGAGCUGGCUGAGACCGGGGAGCUGGAGAACACCUGCCCCAAGACCGUGACCCUGGAGCACCGUCUGAAAGCCGCCAUCAACCAGAGCCCGGUCAUGCUGUUCAUGAAGGGCAACAAGGAGGGCGCAAAAUGUGGCUUCAGCAGGCAGACACUGGAGAUUUUGAACAGCACCGGGGUGGAUUAUGACACCUUUGAUAUACUGCAGGAUGAAGAGGUGCGUCAGGGGCUCAAGACAUACUCUAACUGGCCAACCUACCCCCAGCUUUACGUGAAAGGAGAGCUGAUCGGAGGUUUGGACAUAAUCAAGGAGCUGAUGGAGAGCGGAGACCUGGUUUCAACGCUGAAGGGGGAGUCGUAGGAGUGACGGCCAUGCGACCAGAGGGAGAGGGGAACAAGAUGCUACUGCACAUGCUCAGAUCAGCUGAUGUAACAUGACACAGGAUCAGGCAUUAAAAGUUACAAUUUAUGAAAAUAUAUCAGAGGUAAUGAUCAAAUAGUUAACUGGUGUAGCAUUUGGAUAGAUUAAUGUCUUAUUUGAAGGAACUGCAGUUUUUUCCAUCGUGUUAUUUGAGUUUAUAAAAUCACCACAAGAAAUGUUUUGCAGUCCCUGUGCUGGGGAAAGCCACAGAGAACAUCUGGCUCCUGUGUUUGCAUUUCUGGGUUAGCUUUGUCCUUUCAGUUUUCACAACCUCACACUUCAGAGCUGGUUUAUAUUCCUAGUGAACCGUUAUUUGUCAUCUGGUGCAGCCUCUCGACUUUCCACGCUGUCCUGCCAAAACUCUCUUCACCUGAAAGACAUUUAACUAUCUCUGAGAAUCACUCUGGUUUAAAUGGGUAGAAUUAACUCUAUAUGGCACUUACUGGUACUUUGUUCAUCAAUAACACGAUUAAACAAUUUAAAAAAACCUGA